AUGUCAACUCGGGAGUGGCAAGACGGCAUAUUAUCAAAAACAAUGCGUUCACUAGGGCAAAUUCCUGAUACGCUGCCGAAGUGGAUAGUGUUGGACGGCGAUUUGGAUGCCAACUGGAUCGAGUCCAUGAACUCUGUGAUGGACGACAAUCGAAUCCUCACUCUGGCUUCUAAUGAACGUAUUCCGCUGAAGCCUCAUAUGCGGAUGAUCUUUGAAAUACGAGAUCUGAAUUUCGCCUCGCCAGCUACUGUUUCCAGAGCAGGGAUCAUUUUCGUCAGUGACUCGUCAGGUGCAUCUGAGCUACUCUUAAGCAUUAGGGAGCAAUGGAGGAGCUAUGUGCAGAGCUGGUUGCAGCGUCAAGGAUGGUCGGAGGCAACCAAGGCAGACGUUGCUAAACUAUUUGAUAAAUACUGCCCUGCUACGCUUGAAUUUGUUGAAAGGCAAUGCAAACUUAGCGUACAAGUUUACAGUCUGCAGAUUAUAGCUGCCCUCUGCAACAUGCUUGAAGGGCUUUAUCCAGAAGAGCCACAGGCGCCUGAGUUCGCUUUCGUCUUUUGCCUUGUCUGGGCUGCAGGCGGUAGCCUACAGGAGAAGGAUGGAAUCGAUUAUAGAAGGCAAUUCAAUAACUGGUGGAGAUCAGAGUGGAAGGUCAUCAAAUUCCCGAGCAAGGGAUCAAUCUUUGAAUACUUCGUUGACACCGCAAAAUUUGAGAGCUGGGAAUCACAGGUCCCCACUUUGCAGUUCACAGGAACGGAAGCCAUUGACAGCAUAUCAGUUCCAACGGCCGAAACAGUCUCAAUGCUCCACUUCUGCAAGACUAUCUUGAAGAUUCAUGCCCCGGUUAUGUGCAUUGGUUCUGCGGGGGUACACCUGGUCUACUUUCUCGACGACUUGAACAUGCCUCAGCUUGACCCCUAUAACACCCAAAGCGCUAUAGCACUGCUGAGGCAACAUAUGGACUAUCAGCAUUGGCUCGACAGGAGCAAGAUGCAAAUGAAAGAUAUCAGUAACACGCAAGUCCUGGCCGCUAUGAAUCCUACAGCAGGAUCAUUUGUGGUGAACCCCCGCCUGAGCCGCCACUUCUGGGUACUAAACGUACCAAUGCCUGAAUUGACGUCCCUCUUCACAAUCUACGCUUCGAUCAUGAACGGCUUUUUCGAAGUGGGAAACUUCCGGAAGGCUGUUAAGGAGCAAGUAAUGCCAGUGAUCAAAGCCACCAUGGGGAUAUAUACGGAGGAUCCAGAAAAGCUGGUACUUCUUUGGCUCCAUGAGUGUGAGAGAACGUUUUGUGACCGCCUUGUCACUCCAGAAGACGGGAAAAAAUACAGAGCAAUUGCAGCUGAGUGUGCAAAAAGAAACUUUGGGAAGUUCAACAUCGGGAAGGUCAUACAAGCGAAGAAUCCGGAGGCGAUCAUUUUUGCUCGCUUUGGGAAAGACGGGAUGGGAGCCUACGACCGGGUUGGUUCAAUGGACGAACUUGCAACGAUUCUUCGAGGAGCUCUGAAUGACUACAAUGAGUUGAACCCUGCAAUGGACCUGGUGUUGUUCGACGACGCUAUGCUGCAUGUCUGCAAAAUCUGUAGGGUCAUCAACAAUCGAGCUGGCCAUGCUCUGAGCAUGUACUCCAGGGCAGCUCUAAAAGAUGAGGGAGUGGUGUUUUUGCUAAGUGAUGCACAAAUUGCAAAUGAAAGAUUUCUGGUUUAUGUGAAUGACUUACUAGCGUCCGGGGAUAUUGCUGAUUUAUACGAAGGAGACGACAAAGAGCAACUGAUGAACUCCAUUCGGCCACUAGCGAAGGCUGCUGGAGUUUCGGAUUCGCGAGAAGGUUGCUGGGCCUUCUUCAUUGACAAAAUUAGGCGAAACCUGCAUGCUGUUUUGUGCUUGUCUCCAGUCGGUGAUGGCCUGAGAACUCGGGCUCGCAAGUUCCCCGCCCUCGUCAACUCAACUGUUAUAGAUUGGUUCCAGCCGUGGCCUUAUGAGGCGUUACACUCGGUGGCAAGCAAAUUUUGCGCGGACUUGCCGACAGGGGAUGCAGAUUCCAUUCGUGCUUCAGUUGUGGAUUUUCUGCCUUACAUGUUUUAUGCCGUCAGCGAUGCGGCACAAACAUACCUAGAACUAGAACGCAGAUUUGCUUACGUGACACCAAAGACGUUCAUUGAGGCCAUGAAGCUCUAUCGAACCAUGCUACUGAAACGCAUAUCUUCUAUAGAAGAGCACAGCGAACGAUUGAGCAGUGGCCUUUCGAAGCUUCUAGAUACUCAGGAAAAGGUAUCGGCACUAGAGGACGACCUAAGGGAGAAAACUGUUGCAGUUGAAGAGAAGAAGGCAGCCGCUGAGGAAUUCGCGCAGAAGGUGGGAGAAGAGAAGGCGAAGGUCACUGCUGAGUCUGAAAACGCCAAUGUUGAGGCCCUCAAGUGCGCAGAAAUACAGAAGUCCGUUUCUGAACAGCGGGCUGAUUUGGAAAAAGCCAUCCCCCUCGUGGAGCAGGCAGAAGCCGCGCUGAAUACACUCAACAAGAAGGACUUUCAGGAGGCAAAAGCUCUCAACAAGCCUCCGCCAGGCGUUGAAGAUAUUACCGCUGCCGUCAUGCACUUGCUUGCAACCGUUGAUCCAAUCAUUGAGGUAGACAAGCAGGGGAAGCUGAAGGACAAGAGCUGGAAGGGUGCACAGAAGAUGAUGAACAAUCCAGAAAAGUUCUUGCAGACGCUCAAGGAGUUUAAGAGUGUCAUUGACGAUGGGCGCGUUCCCGAACAGAACUUCAAAGCCGUGGAGCCGUUGCUUGCUCUUCCACAUUUUAAUCGCGAGGCUAUUCAGAAGAAGAGUACAGCUGCGGCAGGCCUUGCAGAGUGGGUAGUCAACAUUUACCAAUACUAUACUGUGGUUGUAUCUGUCGAGCCCAAACGGCGAGCGUUGGCCGAAGCCACUCAACAGCUCGAGGACGCAAACAAGAAGCUCGUCGAGGUGCAGAAACUAGUUGCGGAGCUUGAAGAAAAGCUAGGUCAACUUGUUGCCGAAUUCGACUCUGCCAUUGCCGAGAAAAAUGCGGUGGAAGCCGAGGCUGAGAAGUGCCAGAGGAAAUUGGACCUCGCACAGAGGCUGAUGCGGUCUUUGGGAUCAGAAGGCGCUCGCUGGGGACAGACGAUUGACGACCUAAAAGAACAACGACGGGUUUCCGUGGGCGAUGUGCUGUUAUCGUCGUCAUUCGUAGCAUAUGCUGGAGUCUUUAGCAAGAAGUACCGUGAUUGGCUGAUGUACGAAAAAGCGGUGCCGUUCUUAUUCGAUCGUGGAGUGCCCUUGCGCCAGCCGGCAGAUGUGCUUGCCCAGCUUACAGAUGAAGCUGAAAUGGCUCUGUGA